GAGGCGACCAACCCCCAAAGCCAGAACAAAACCACCACCUCCUCUUUCUCCUCUCGCCCCUGCUCCGCUGCUCGGCAAGCCAGGGGAACGGGAACCCAACCCCACACACCACAGGCGAGCCCCACGCAGACGCGGCCGCGGCUCAAGCCACCCCGUGGGCUCCGAUGGGCUGCUGCCGCUCCUCGCUGCGGACGGGGACGCUCCCGGAGAAGAAGCCGCCUGGGAGGGCGGCGGGGGCGCUCCCCCCGCACCGCCCCUCCCUCUCGCUGAACCAGCACCAGGCGCCGGCGCCCUCCGGGGCCCGCGCGGCCGCCGCCGGCCGCGAGGUGCCGGCAGUCAAGGAGUUCUCGCUGGCGGAGCUGCGCGCCGCCACGGGCGGCUUCGCGCCGGAGAACAUCGUCUCCGAGAGCGGCGAGAAGGCGCCGAAUUUCGUGUACAAGGGCCGCCUCGAGGCCACCCGCCGCGCGAUCGCCGUCAAGAAGUUCACCAAGAUGGCCUGGCCCGAUGCCAAGCAGUUCGCGGAGGAGGCCAAGGGGGUCGGCAAGCUGCGACACUGCCGGAUGGCCAACCUGAUCGGCUACUGCUGCGACGGGGACGAGCGCCUGCUCGUCGCCGAGUACAUGCCCAACGACACGCUCGCCAAGCACCUCUUCCACUGGGAAAACCAGACACUUGAAUGGGCUAUGCGUCUAAGAGUUGCAUACUACAUCGCUGAAGCACUGGAGUAUUGCAGCACUGAGGGAAGGCCUUUGUAUCAUGACCUAAAUUCAUACAGGGUUCUCUUUGAUGAGAAUGGUGAUCCUCGUCUUUCGUGCUUUGGCCUCAUGAAAAACAGCAGGGACGGGAAAAGUUAUAGCACAAAUCUUGCAUACACACCUCCAGAAUAUUUAAGAAAUGGAAGAGUUACAUCAGAAAGUAUCAUAUACAGUUAUGGCACUAUACUUCUGGAUCUCCUCAGUGGAAAGCGUAUACCUCCUUCUCGUGCUUGUGAUAUGAUAAAAGGCAACAAUCUCCAAGUACUGAUGGACUCACAUUUGGAGGGCAACUACCCAACAGAAGAAGCAACCACAAUGGUUGAUCUGGUCUCUCAGUGCUUACAAUAUGAACCUAGGGAUCGCCCCAACACCAAAAAGCUGGUUUCUGUUCUCGAGCCCAUGCAAAUAAAAUCAGAGGUACCAUCCUAUGAGAUGCUUGGCAUUCCAAAGCAUGAAGAAGAAGCGCCUCCCACUCCCCCUCCCCCUCCGCAGCCACAGCACCCUCUUUCUCCCAUGGGUGAAGCCUGUUCUAGGAUGGAUUUGACGGCUAUCCAUCAGAUUCUAGUGAAUACACAUUACAGGGAUGAUGAAGGGACUAAUGAGCUAUCGUUCCAGGAAUGGACACAGCAGAUGAGGGACAUGUUGGAAGCUAGGAAACGUGGAGACUUUGCUUUUCGUGAUAAAGAUUUCAAGGCAGCCAUAGACUGUUAUACUCAGUUUGUUGAUGUGGGGACGAUGGUAUCACCAACAGUGUACGCGAGGCGGAGCCUGUGCCACCUCAUGUCUGACCAGCCUGAUGCCGCCCUUCGUGAUGCAAUGCAGGCGCAAUGCGUGUACCCUGACUGGCCCACCGCAUUCUACAUGCAGGCUGUCGCCCUCUCGAAGCUGAACAUGCAGAGCGACGCCAUGGACAUGCUGAAUGAGGCUUCGCAGCUCGAAGAGAAGCGGCAGAAGAACACCAAACCUUGAAAGUCCUGUCCGCUCGGCGUCCCUCCUCCGGCUCCAAAGGUGGUUUGUGUUGAGACAUGCUACUCAGUGGUUCCUAAAAGUUGUGGUUAGCUCCUGUUCCCUGGGUUCGGGGAUGUAAUUGGAUGGAUGGUGUGCUGUAGAGUUUAGUCCUGUGAUUGUUAACACCUGGUUUGGCAUGCUGCAUUUUUUUGGGCUCGUGUACAUCUUACAUUGACAAAAACCGAAACAGGCGGAAUGCAAGGGGAUUUACUUCUGGUUCGCCGAACCUAGA